CCGUAGCCACAUGUGUUCUGUAUAUCCGGCGGAACGAAACAUAUCCGACGGAUAUACGCGUAGUACUUGACGUCAUGUGUAUGUAGUCUCAACCACAGCAUAUAUCAACAAUUGAGUCCUCUCGUCGAUUGUGGUAGGAGGCUAUUGCAUUCAAUCAUAUCUCCUGAAAGCAAGCACUCUAAAACCAGAAUCAUCCACCACCACCACCAAACCCCGUUCCACAGCAAUCGUCAUCAUGGUUGCACACUCCGGAGGCAUCACGAACGGCCACCCUGGCUCAGUUCGUUCCCGAAAUCUCGCCCUCUUCAGUAUCUUCGGCAUGAUUGCCGGCGCCGCUCUCGUCUUCCGCGCCCAGUCCCCCAGCAAGGAUGAGAAGCUGGUCUCAAACAAAGAAUUCCAGACGAAGGUUGGAGGGCACCCGGGAGAGGACCGAGUGGGACGGGCACCGAGCCAUCAGCCCAAGAACUGAUCUGAAGGGUUACUAUGAAUGUUAUGAUUAUUGAGAUGUGACUAUACUGUACCUGUACAUAAAACGAGUGGCUG